AUGCACCAACGCACAGGCGGAUGUGCCGGCAAUGGAACAGCGUUCGCAAGCGCUGAACAGGACUAUCAUGUGCCCGGUUUGCCCGGCGAAUCCAUCGACCAGUCGCAGGUCGCCCUCGCCGUGCAGAUGCGCGGCAUCGUGAACGAUAAAUUGGCGGCGGGCUGGUCCGACGAGCAGGUGCGUGAGUUCUUCGUGGAGCGGUACGGCCCGAGCGUACUGUUGGAGCCACCGACAAAGGGAAUAUCGCUCGCAGUAUGGCUUGUGCCGCCGUUAGGCGUUGCCGCCGCGAUUGGUGUAUUCGUCAUCGCGCUCCGGCACAUGCGCCGCAGACCGACUGCCUCGGAUGGCGACGACGAAAUGUCGGACGACGAUCUCCAGCCAUACUAUGAGCGUAUCGAAGCAUCCGUUUCGGGGGACAAAGUGGAUAGGCAGGAUGUAAAAGAUGGUUGA